AUGGUGGCCCAGCAGGCCGUGCGCGCCGGUGCCAGCUAUCGCAAUCUCCUCUCCUCUCCACUGUGUGCCCAUCACAAUGGCCCUGCGGCUACGGCCAACGGCAGCCAUGUCAUGCUGCCUCCAGCUCUCCGCCAUGAUUGCUCGCCUGGGCUGCCCUGGGGGGCAAAUUGGGCCGUCGCAGGGGCGCUGCCUGUCGCACUUGUGGUGAAGGUGCGGGUGCUGGGCUGGAGUGAGUGGUCCAUGUGUAGUGGCAUGUACAUACAGACCAUGUCCAAUAGUAUGUACAAGGUGGCAGCGGGCUGCCGUCGUGUCGGUGAGCACGAGGUUCAGUUGGCACGGGAAAGCGGGACAGGAGAUUACGCCAAUCGACCCCAAGAAGACCUUACUGGCGCGGCAAUACUGCGGUCAAGCGCUGACUUGCUCGCCCGACCUCUUGAGGCUACUCUGCCUCCUCGUCGUCGGCUUCGGCGUCGUCAUACGUAUCGACGACUAAGUACUGUGGACACGGCCAUGUCGGCACGCUCCAGGGCGUCCUUGCUGCUAGUGGGUUGCACGGCCUCUGCGUCUCUUUGCGCAAGGCCAAAUUCAAAUCUUACUUUUGUUUACUUACGUACAAGUGAGCUUUCCAUGGCUAUAGCAUCGCCCCUCGCCCCUCGCCCCUUCGGUGACAUGCAGCCUAUGGGCCGGCCAAGCGCUGUUCCUGCAGUAGCGCAGCCAUCCAACUCGGCUGGCUAA